GAUGGAAUCAAAAGUCGAGGAGUUGAAACUCUUACAGACGGCCAUUCUUCUCAUCACGACGUCACCUGUCGUUCAACACGCUUCCUUGGCUAAGGCACUAGUUCUUUGCUUUCGAUUGCACUUUACGAAAGAUUCGAAAGAUUCUGGGACUAAUAAUACUGCCGCAGCAACAGUUAGGCAAUUGGCUACAGUUGUAUUCGAAAGAGUAGUAAACGAAGAUUUCAAUCAUCCGGAGCAAACUACAAAAAAGUCAAUGACAACGGGAGAUGACGCUUCCAAUGUUGAAGGAAAUAAUCAGCCUCCAAAGUCAUUAAGACCUUGUGCAGCGGAUGCUUAUAUGCUUUUCCAAGACUUUUGUUUUAUGGUAAACGCAGAACAGCCUGUUUGGCUAACGAAUAUGACGGAAAUGACUCGAACGUUAGGAUUGGAGUUGAUUGAGUCUAUUUUAUGCAGCUUUAAAAAUGUCUUUUUAAAGCAUGAAGAGUUUGGAUUAUUAUUAAAGCACCGAGUUUGCUCCUUAGUUAUCAAAUUGUUUUCGCCAAGUCUUAAGUAUCGUCCCGGUGCUCCCCAACCUCCUAAUCCAUCACCAUUUGAUAAACCAUAUUUCGCUAUUACUAUGAGACUAUUGCGGAUCGUUCAAAUACUUAUUACCGACUAUUAUCCUCUGCUUGUAACUGAAUGCGAAAUAUUUUUGUCCCUUCUCGUAAAAUUUCUCGAUCCUGAAAAACCCAAAUGGCAACGAGCACUGGCCUUGGAAGUUUUAUAUAAAUUCUGUUCCAAUUCCUCGUUAAUUCGUAAAUUCUGUGAAAGUUACGAUAUGAAAGAGCAUUCGACAAAAGUUCUGCAAGAAAUUGUUAAUGGCAUUGGAUGCUGCGUACAAAGCCGUUUUGUUUCUCAAUCACCAUCUAAGGAAUCUAAGCUUGGCGUGGAUACACAAGGGCAACCACCGGCUUUAGUAGGAGGAAUGCCAGUGGGUAGCGGCGUUACCCCACAACCGGCUUUUGCCUAUAAAAACCUUUGGAUUCCACUUGUCGUCAAUAUUUCAGCUCCUCAAGGAUCUCUUAAGCUUACCUAUCUUGAAAUGAUUGAUAAAAUUGAAUCCCCUCCCGUUCAAGAGGGAUACGUUCUAUCUCUGGCUUUUCUAUGUUUACUUGACACUGUUCGCUCAGUUCAAAAGAUUGUUAAUCCGUCAGAAGAUAGUUCAGAUAUAUCAGAAGACCACCAAAUUUUAUAUAAGGAAUUACUGAAUUCAACUUGGUGUGGUGUUUUAGCUGCGUUGUCUCUUCUUUUAGAUGCCAGCACGGAUGAAAGUGCAACGGAAACAAUUCUUAAAAGUCAGCAAGUUUACGUUCAUUUAUGUGGAAAACUUGGCUUAAACACACAUCGAGACGCUUUCAUUACGGCUCUUUGCAAAGCGUCUUUGCCGUCCUAUUACGCUUUGGCCGUUUUGCAGUCGCACUCUACGGCUAUGUCGAAAGGCUCUGCGGUAAUUAGUAGAUCCCCAACUUCCGAAUCUACGGGCGAUUCUCCUCAAAUCAGCUCACAAGUCGUUGCUGUUGGAACACCUAUGCCUUCGGCUUCCGUACAACACAGUCAAUUAACUGCCAAGAACAUCCAAUGUAUGAGAGCUAUUUUGGGAGUUGCUCAUUGUCAUGGAUCAGUUUUGGGAACAUCCUGGCACUUAGUUUUAACGACGCUUCAGCAUCUUGUUUGGAUAUUAGGAUUAAAACCGUCGAAUAAGGGGACGCUAAAAUCCGAUCAUCCGCAAGCAACUGAAAGUACGGUGUUGACGACGGCUGUUAUGGCAGAUUUACCUGUUUUAUCUUCAAUGCUGAGUAGGCUCUUCGAAAGUAGCAGAUACCUGAAUGAUGUCGCUCUUCAUCAUUUAAUUAAUGCACUGUGUGAAUUGUCCGAUGAAGCUAUGGAAAUAGCGUUUUCCAACAAGGAAGCGUCACUAUUUCCAGUGGCUAAACUUUUGGAAACAGGGUUAAAGAAUAUGAAUAGAGUAGAAGUACUGUGGAGACCUGUGACGCAACACUUUCUAGAGACGGCAGUCGGCGUUAUUAAAGAUCAAAGUUGCCUUUACGAGAGAGAAUUGCGUAAUGAGCGUUCGAAAUUGGAUUGA